CAUUCAUAGACAUGUGCAUCCAUGUGCGACGGCGCGAGAAACUGGAUGAGUCGUGUGUCGAAACAAAAUGUAAGUGUGCGAGUUUUCAAUUUGGAAUUUAACAUUAUUGGUGAUUAUGGAGAGCAGACUCAUAACUGGCGAUCCUUAAACCUGUUUUAUUUGUGAUCAGACCAAGAGAUGGCAGGAGUCUAAAUGUUUGACAAACUAGCUUAUGAGAAAAUGCAUGGCUCUGACAGUACAUGUAAAUUACCGGAAGCAGAUCGUAUGAUGAGCGGUUGGCGUGGAAGCAUGGUCAGCUCGGCAAGUAGCUCGGACGUGGAGUGUCAGCUGAGCGAGUCUCAGCCGGAGGUACCAAACCAUCACAGUCGAAAAGAAUCAAUGAAAUCUUACAAGUUACGCAAAAAGUUAAAACGUCGGAAACAGAUGCAGAGGCUGGUGUCUAAGGAUGGUUGGUGUAAUGUUAUGCACACGCACGUUAAGUACCGUGGAAUCUGGUUCAUCGCAGACUUGUUCACAACAUUGGUGGAUUUAAGGUGGCGAUACAAUUUACUCACAUUCACACUAGCCUAUGUAUUAGGCUGGUUUGGUUUUGGACUAAUCUGGUUAAUUAUUGCAGCGGUUCAUGGAGAUUUAGGGCACUCGGAGCUUUACCCGAAUGAUACAGUGUGGGAGCCCUGUGUAACAAAUGUUGAGACUUUUACAGGAGCAUUUUUAUUCUCACUUGAAACACAAACAACCAUAGGUUACGGUUUUCGUAGCGUCACAGAACAAUGUCCAGUAGCAGUGAUUCUUGUCAUCAUACAGUCUGUGGUAAGCAGUCUAGUUGACGCCGUCAUGAUUGGUUGCAUUUUCGCCAAAAUUGCGAGGCCCAAAAAGCGGGCAGCCACACUAAAAUUUAGCCGUAAUGCAGUAAUCGCUCUACGUGAUGAAAAGUUAUGUUUUAUGUUUCGUGUCGGAGAUAUUCGAGAAAGUCAUUUAUUUGAAGCUCAUCUCCGUGCCUAUAUGAUUAAACCACGGGUAACCGCCGAGAAAGAAAUCAUUCCGCUUUACCAGUACAAUUUAGAUUUGAAUUAUGAGACCGGCGAGGACCGGAUAUUCCUUGUUUGGCCCUUAAUUGUUUCCCACACAAUUGAUGAGGACAGUCCGCUUUAUACGUUAUCUGCUAAAGACUUGGAUAGUGCAGAUUUUGAAAUUGUAGUUAUAUUGGAAGGCAUUGUUGAGCAAACAGGUUUGACAACGCAAGCAAGAACAUCUUAUUUACCAUCCGAAAUACAGUGGGGCCAUCGUUUCUGCAGUUCUGUCAUUGCGAUUCAUAGCGAAAACGAUAACCAAUAUGAUAUAAAUUACUCCAAGUUUGAAUUAACAUAUUCUGUACCAGAGACACCAAAAUACUCUGCUCAGAAAUUGGAUGAGCUGCAACGUAAGGAGGAGGACGAGGAAAUUAACUCUGAACCGGCGUUGGAUUUAUUAAAGAAACUUAUACGGCAAGUACUGUUAGAGGAGAGAGUAAAGGCAUUUAAUGAAACUAAUGAUAGCCACCAACUUAAGGGUCAUGCAAAGGUUUAUCCCAGAUUGACCAAUGGCAACAUACGCUCUGCCUCCCACGGUAACAUUAAAGAACUAGAGAAAGGUCGUGACCUUUUACCAAAAAUCAAAUGGGGAUCUAUAUCAUCAAAUGACAUUGCACAAUUGACUUCAGGAGAGUCAAUAAAUUUUGAAGAACAUCUAGAUAAGCCAGAACCAAAACUACGAAAAACAUCAAGAGAAUCACAGAUUUGAAAUUUUCAAAACUGAGAUGACAAUCAGUAUACCAAAGAUUAAAUUAAUGACAGCACCAGCAUGAGCUGACUGUAGUAUGCACCUUACAAAGAGCAGAUCACCGCCAUCAAUGGUCUGGAAGUACUCCAAGAAUGGACAAUAACAGAAAUGUUUGACAGGAGACGCACCAAAAUUGAGCAUAGAAAUUAAUACAAGAAACAAAUCCACUCUAGAUGAUCGAAUACUUUUCGUCAGAGGUGUUUAGGUAUUUGUGAUGAAUCAAAGAAAUGGUAAUGAUUGCUAAGAACUUUUAAGUUCUUUUAAUAUGCAUAUUAAUGACUUCCAAUUUUGUAAAUAAAAAAAAUGUAUGAGACAUUAGAAAAAAAACUUCAUGGUUAAAAAAAAAAUGAGCUGGUAUAAUAGAGGAUAAAGGGGUUUGCAUGGAGUGUGUGGUUGCAUUUUGAGAGAUUUAUUGACGGCUUGACAAGAAUGAUAAGAGAGGCUGAAUGCACAUGGUGAAAAUAGAUAUUGGGUGGUUUCGAAAAGUACUUGAUAAAAUAGGAAGGGGUUUAUUUUUGUAGAAGGGAUAUGGUGUUCACCGGAAUAUGUAGGUAAUAGGUUAUUUAUCUUGCAUUUAAUAAAUGAACCAAAAUAUUUGACAAGCAGUUUAAGUUUAAGAGUUGUUGUUAAGGUUGUUUUUUUUUUUUUUUUUUUUUUGUAGAAGGGAUAUGGUGUUCACCAGAAUUUGUGGGUAAUAGGUUAUUUAUCUUGCAUUGAAAAAAUGAACCAAAAAAUUUGACAAACAGUUUUAAAUUUAAGAGUUGUUGUUACGGCUGGUUUUGCUUGAGUUGAUGGUAAAGUUGUCAAGCACUAGAAGUACAUGUUGUGUUUAUCAGCUUUUUCUGUUGCUAUGUGGUACACAUAACAUUGGUGUGUUCAUAGGUGCCGAGCAUGUAGCGUUGCCACGUACAUGAUGGAGUGCCAUGUGAGAUGCUAUAUAUGACAAUGUUGAUUAAUGUUUUACAGUACCAUAUCAUGUGUAAUACUGAAAGGCCCGCCAACUGCAAUUAUAAUGCACUGUGUUAGCCGACUGCGACUGCAGUGUUGUAUUGUAAAAUAUGUGUUGAUCGAAAGGUAGAGGCAGGCUAAAAACUUGUUUUCUUGUUACAGUGGUGCAAGAAUAACAAACUUUUCUUUAAAUUUCAAAUCUUAAUAUUUAACUGAGCUUCUUCCUUCUGUUGGUUAUUUCCCUCAAUAUUUAUAUUAAGGUUUCUUUUAAUAUUGCUACAUUUACUAUACACAUAGUCCUAGAUCAUAUUAUCAGCUUGUCUUGCCAAUAAAUUUUGAGUACCCAAGUUAUGUGAUCAUCAUGUAACAUCUCAAACUACUGUAAAUUUAGGCUAUGUUUACACAUGGCAGCUAAUGGUUAGCAGGAUCCGGAUUACAAACAUAAGAAAACAUAAGGAAAUCCCUAUCCAGAUACCAAGAAGAUGAUGAUCGGAUCACUGGCCAAUAUUAAACAAGGAAAUUUGAAAUGCGUACUGAUAGAAAUGCGCUCAACCUGCUAACCAAUAGCGCUUGCUAACGGUUAGCGUAUCCAGAUCCUGGUAGCUGUUUGGGAAUUCUUGCACGAAUGCUAACAAUUAACAUUAACGGUUAGCUCCCGAUCCGGAUUGCUCUCGUGUGAACCUGACCUUGUACUUCAGAUUUUGAAAAUAUGAUAGGGUAUUUUUUAUACAAUUCUUUUUUCCCAAAAAUAUAUCAAAGUAACAUUUCUCUUUUAAAAAUUCCAUUUUAAUUUAAAUAAAAAUCAGCCAGCAAAAAUGUAAACAGCUAAAGAAAAGUUAAAACUGCUCUACAGUAUGUAUAUAUUAUAUUUAGAAUAGCAAUAAAAGUAUAUUGGUGCUAGUUAUUUAAAGCAAGAAACAAACUAGGCACUUUUAUGUUCAACUUUUGUGGACUAAAGUGACUAUGUAAAGUUACAUUUGUGUGGAAUGUAAUAAGUUUGUCAUUAAAUUGCUUGGACUUGGGUUGCUUGAUAAUAGUUUGUAUUAAUUUGCUUGAUUCUGAAUAUAUUUGGUAUCUAUGGUAUAUUAUAUAAGUAUAUUGCUUGUUCGUUAUUUGUUUGUGAGAGAGGAGAGAGUUGUGUUUUGCUUUGUGGGAUUGCAUCUUCCAUUUUAAUUAGGUUUCUGUGGAGUGAAGUCUAAAUAAAUAUAAAAAUCAAAUACAAAGUAAUAUAAAAAAAAUAUCAAAAGUGAAAUAAAAAGAUUGUGGGUAUAUUUCAGAACAUAAGAUAGUUGUCCAUUCUCUCAUACACCUGUAACAUACUAGCAUGAAAUACUGUUGCUCGGCAUGUACAGAUCUUAAUGUGGUUGCGUGGGCAUGUAGACAUUCCUGGCAACAUGAUCAUGCAUGCCGUACUGCUAGAAAACAUGUGUACAACAAUCUAAAGCUUAGCUAUGUGUUGACAUGCAAUACUGUAUAGCAUGUGUAUAGACAUAAAUGUAGCUAUGUUCAACUUCUAAACGUGCAGUACUGGUUUAAACGAAUAUUUAAAAAUCUAAAUGUUUUUAUGUGGUCAUGUACAGUGAGUAUGCAAUGGGUUUUUAUUGGCGUAUGAUUGCUCGGCUUCUCAGAACAAAACCCACGCUUAUGAGUUAGGCAGGAUAUAGGACAGUUUAUCCAUUGCAUCUUGUUACUGCCACAGGGAUCCAGCCAAAAUUUUGAAUUUCAAAAUGUCAAAUUUUAAUUUCAAAUAAAAAGUCAAAUUGGAAAAAUUAUAUUAAAUUUUUAUUUUGAGCCAAUUCAAAACAACAGAUUGUGGAAGCUGCUUUAAGGUAAAGAAGUACAAUAUUAAGUGAUUCUAAUUUAUUCAAUUACAAAAGGAAACCAAUAUCUUGAAAAAAAAAAUGUUUUUGCUUUUAUUUCAUAUUGCCUGAAGUGAAGUUUACUAUAGAUUACAAGUAAAUCAGGUUGCAUAAUUUCCAUCUGAAAGGUAAUAUAGUUAAUAUUGUUGCGACUUCACUAUGCUAAUUCAGCCCUUAGUGUAAUGUUAUUUUGCUUGCGUACAAUACAUCUAGUGAGUAAAGGAAACCUUUACAUCUUGUUUGUGUGCACUUUACAUCUACAUUUUUGAAUCGAUGUAAUAAUUGUUAUUGCAUUUCAAAUACCUGAAUUAGUCAAAUUUCUAAAAACAACCUGUCUGACAUGUACGUGUUAAUUAACCAGGAAUUUGAUUUGAUGGAGUAGAAAUUAAUGUGAUUAACGCAAAUGGUUACAGAGCGUGUAUUUUGGCAUUGUUUUCUCGUUCUUGUCGACGAUUUAUGAUAGACUUAACUACAGUAUUGUGAUGUUUGAAAUUAAUGGAUUUUGACUGUGGAACUUAAUAUAUCCAGGUACCAUAAACCUAAUUCUGAUGUUAUAACUUAUUAACUAUGUGUGGUAUGAACAUUGAAUGCGGAGUUGCGUGGGAGUGAAAUAGAUCAGUCACUUUACAAUUUGACACAUGGGGGAAUUUAUGUUUUGGUGUGAUUAUUUUCAAUCCGUUAUUUGUUGUGGAAAGUAGUUAUUUUCCAAUUCAGCAAGUUUGUGUCAUAAAUAGAUAUUAGGAAUACAAAACAAAAAUAAGAAUGUUUAUUUACGGUAGUUACCGGUAAGUUCUCGAGACAUGAAUUUUUACCUGUGCAUAUGCAAAGUUGCACCUGUGCAGUUUAUAGUGCAUGAUACACACAAUUUACUAACAUGGACCAAUCAGAUGAUGUCAUUCAUCAUUAAAGUAGCAAUGGUGUCAUUCACCUGUUGGUGAUACUACUAAAUUCACCAGUAAAAGUGCCAUUCUUCUUGCAUGUACACAAGACAUGUGUCAAAAUACCCAUGUAGGUGUAUUAUAUAAUCUGUCUCAACAUGGGUCUGUGUGCGCCUGUACAGUACUUCCAUAUGUCCCUGUGUACCUGUACAUGUGUCUGUGAACCUGUACAUACAUAUGCCAUUGUGCACCUGUACAGGUGUAUUUGAGCCUCUAUUUAAAUUUUGGCACACAAGAAGUAUUCCUGAAUAUACGCUUUACAAAAUUCAUUAUUUUAUUUGUUGAUGCUUAUUGUGCUUGUUUUGUAAGAAAUAUUUAUCCAAGAAUAACAUCCCAUGUUGCAAUUCAUUGCUAAGAAAGUACGAGUAGUCUUUACUAAGCCCCUUGUAAACAGUUAAUCAGAGAUUGCAAUACAAACAAGGAUUUUCAAUCAAGAUGUUGAAAGAUACAGCAAGGAGAAAUAUGUACCUCCUUGGAUACAGAUCACCCACCUUUGGUACCUGAAACUUUGGGGUGGUCUUGGGGUAUUGGCCUCCACAUGGAGGGUAGAUUAGUGUUAAUAGAUUGAAUUUUUUGUAAAAGUGGUCUCGAAUUCAAGGAGUAUUGGAGUUAGAGCAAUCUUGAAUUAUAUGGUGCAUAUACAAAUACAGAUCUCCCUCCAAUUAAAGACCACUUUUAGGAUGGGUGUUUCCAUGGUCUUUAGCAGCUUUAAUCUCUAGAAUAAUAAAGAUAAAAGACAUUGUUAAUAUGGGACCACAGAAAAGCGGUCUUUAAUUGGAGGGCUCUUUAAGUAGGGGGAGACCUGUAUAGAGUUCUUUAUUUCAAAGCUUUAUUUAUUUCCACCUAUAAAUAAGUGUUCUUUUGAAUUUAACAUUUUUUAACUGUAGUUUAUUCUUGGUUGAAGAAGAAUUGUUGUGUUGCCAUGAUGUAAUUUUUUUUAUAAAAGAAAUUGUACUAAGUUUUGUUCUGCCCACUGGAGUUUGUAGCUAAGGAGACUGUAGCACAGAUAGUUUUAUCAAAGAUACUAGAAAUACAAGAUAGAGCACUCGCAUAGUAAAAAUGAGGCGGAAAUUGGGCCCGACGUAGGCGGCGCCCUUCUUUAUUAUAACGCAGGUUUCCUAUACUUCGGGCCCGACGUACUGGGCGCCCUUCUGUUGCUAAGUAUAUCCAGGCGCACAUGGCGCCCUUCUUCCUUCUUUUUCCACUAAUGGAGAAAAACUUUAUCACUAGAGUGCGUCCGUCCGGCCAUAUGAUUCUGCGCUAUAUUGUUGUUUUCUAUACUGAUCCAUAGGCUUAAUUGUUUUGUGUUUUAUUUGGAUAAUAGCAACGAUUUCUACCUCCGCCAAGGAGGUUAUGUAUUCACUGAUGUCACUGUCUGGGUACAAUUGUACUAAUCGCACAAUUGUGUACAAUUUUUUAAUUGAGGAUUGACAAUUAAAUACGCGAUGACUUGGCAACGAAAGUUUGGUAGAAGUUUUUUAGAUCCAGCCGUAUGGGGCGCCCCAUUGUUUGUAUUUCCACCAUGCAUUUCGGUGGAACACUCUAUCUUGUGUUUCUAGUAUCUUUGGUUUUAUCAUUUUGCUAUCAUAAGACCUGUCCACACUAUCCGUUUUUAUGUGACGAAAACAUGUGUAAAUAUGAAUAAAUAUACAGAAAAUCUUUGGUCAAAGAAAA